AUUAUUUUGCAAAUAUUUAUUAAUCAUGUUUGUGAGUGCCAAAAACUGUGCAAUGGACAGCACCAUGUCGACCUGCGACUCUGAACUGGAGAGCCACAGUGGUGGUAUUGAUCUUACCUCAAAGAAACCGCGCCAAUCCGCUAACGUUGCGACCGUCUGCAAGGGAUUCCUUACCACAUAUGAAGAAUACUGCUCCCACACCUCCUUGCACGGUGUACAGUACCUGGGCGACCACCAACGUCCGAUGCGGGAGAGGAUAUUUUGGCUGUGCGCCUUUCUGAUCUCCAUUUACGGCUGUGCCACGCUGAUAUCCAGCGCCUACACCAAGUGGACGGAGACGCCUGUGAUUGUUAGCUUUGCUGAGAAAUCAACGCCCGUGUGGAACAUACCCUUUCCCGCCAUCACAGUCUGCUCCGAAACCAAGCGAGUGCUGAAACCGAAAGGCGAGGAGACUUCGUUUGCGGAUCUUUACAGUCAGUUCAAUAUUGAGAUGCGCUCCUCGCGCGUUUUCAAACCGCAAAACAUCACCGCCCUGGAGAUGGAGGAGUUUCGAACACUUCUUCACGUGUGCAACACGCAGUUAAUUGACCAGGCCAUGCCGCUAAUUUCUGGCGAUGAUGUUGACUACUUUGAUGUGCUGGAACGAAUGCUGCCCCAGUUCGAUCGGUAUUUCUUCUACUGCCGCUGGCUGAGCCGCUUUGGUGAAUGCGACAAGUUCUUUCGGAAAACGCUCACGGAGGAGGGCAUCUGCUACACUUUCAACGGGCUGAGCGCGACCGACAUCUACCGGGAAGACACCUACCAGUAUCGGUACAGUGCCGGUGCCUUGGACAUGGAAAACAUCAGUUCACACUCGGCCUGGUCGCUGGAAACGGGCUAUGAUGUGGAGAGCGAUGUGGUAACGUAUCCAGCUCGCGUGCUCAGUGCUGGGGCUCGGUCGGGCAUCUUUCUGGCCCUGCAGAGCUUCAAGCAGGAGGUGGACUACGCUUGCCGUGGUCCUGUGCAAGGAUUUAAAGUUCUACUACAUGCCCCGGACGACGUGCCGCAGGUCUCAAAGCAAUUCGUGCGCAUUCCCAUGGGCAAGGAGGUCCUCAUUGCGGUCAAGCCAAGCAUGAUUACGACGUCAUCGGGAAUUGCCGAGUACCAUCCGCUGCGGCGGCAGUGCUUCCUCAGCCAUGAGCGGGCCCUGCGCUUCUUCAAGAUCUACACCGAGUCCAAUUGUCAGCUUGAGUGCUUGGCCAACUUCACGCUGACCAAAUGCGGCUGCGUCAAGUUCUCGAUGCCCAGGAAUAUGGAUAUGCCGGUGUGUGGCGAGGACAAAAUCUAUUGCUACGAUCGAGCCGAGCGGCAGCUCCUCGUGAGGGAGUUCCAUCGCGUGAAAGCACUGAAUGCGGAGCGAGACGCUCCGCGGGGAGUAGAAACGGCGUGCAAUUGCAUGCCGGCGUGUACUUCUCUGGCCUACAACACGGAAAUCUCGCAGGCGAACUUUGAUCUGGAGGAAAUGCUGAUUGCCGAAGGUGACACAGAUUUCAUGAAGGAGUAUGCCGGCUCCCAGAUGUCCCGGCUCUCCAUCUACUUCAAGCAGGACCAGUUUAUAACCUCGAAGCGGUCGGAGCUGUACGGCAUAACCGAGUUUCUAGCCAAUUGUGGGGGUAUUUUCGGCCUCUUCAUGGGCUUUUCCAUACUCAGCCUGGUGGAGAUGAUUUAUCACUUUACCCUGCGUUUCUGUACUAAUAUGAAACACUUGGUCAAAGUGGAGGAAUAAUUCAUACAUAUGUAAUUCAGAUUUUCCCUGUCCCUGGACCACGGCAAUGUUGCCCAGGGCAACAGUGAAAAUUCUUACCUCAGUUUGUUUAAUUUAUUUUAUAUUUAUAUUAUGUGUUAAAUAUCUGUUGCAUUCAAAAAUAUAGCUCAUUUAAUUUAAAUCUCAA